AUGGGUAUCACUGGAUCACGAGAAAACAAAGAGAAGAAGCCAGUUGUGCUCAUUGUCGGUGGCGGAUACGGUGGUGUUCAAUGUGCCAAAGCAUUGGAUAAAACUGGUCAUUUUUUUGUCGUACUUAUCGAUCGAAAAUCCUAUUUUUUUCACAAUAUUGCAGCACUACGUGCUAGUGUUGAACCGAAUUAUGCUCAACAGAUAUUAAUUCCGUAUGAUCGACUGCUCACAAAUGGAUGUGUUGUACAAGCUGAGGUCGAAGUUAUCUCACCCGAUGGUGUUAAAGUUCAUGGACGUGAAGAGCCGAUUCAAUUCGACUAUCUCGUUAUUGCUACUGGAUCAUCAUAUGCAUUUCCCGGAAAAGUCGCCGAAACUCAACAGCCUCAAGCCCUUGCACACUACGAUAAUCUUCGACAGAAGAUCGAACAAGCGAAACGCAUUCUUAUCAUUGGUGGUGGACCUGUAGGCAUUGAACUGGCUGGAGAAAUUGCAACAGAUUUUCCACUGAAAGAUAUAACCCUUGUACACAGUAGUACAACACUACUCUAUCCGAAUGUGUUCAAACAAGAAGUAUAUACUCGACUACAAGAAGGACUUGAACGACUUGGUGUCAAAGUAGUGCUCAAUGAUCGUGUUGAUUUAGGUACAACUACUUAUGCACAUCAACAUGAGAAGUUUAUUGAAGGUGAUCAAACAUUCUUAACAACAAAAGGCAAGAUCGAGAUCAAGACUGAUCUGACAUUUGUAUGUACAGGAGCACAUGUAAACAACAAAAGUUUGAAGGCAGGUCCAUUCGUAGCAGAGCUAGAUAUGAAUAAGGAAGGUCGGCUGAAUGUGAAUGAAUAUUUACAAGUGAAAGGCUAUACAAAUAUUUUUGCCAUUGGCGAUAUCAGUAGUAAAGAAGACAAGCUCGCAUUUCUCGCAGGCAAACAAGCCGAAUAUGUAGCAUCAUUCAUUACACGAGUCGAGCUCAAAAAAGGCAUGCCGGAGGAAUAUCGCCCUUUGAAAUAUCCAGGGAUGUUCGUGACUUUGGGAAGGAAUGGCGGAGCCGGACAAAUGCCUAGCAAAGGUGCUAUGAUUUUUGGUGAGUCAAUAUUCUUUUACUUUGUCUUUUAA